GAGCGGCGGGGACGGCGUCCGGCGCACUCACUUCCGCGUCCCGCCGCCCUCCGGCUCGCGCGCGCCCAGCCACCGCCGCCAUCGGACAAUAGACCAACCGCCCGGCUGCCGUGAACUUCCCGCCGGGGCCCGGCUGGCCCGUGUGCCCCGGAUCGCGAUCCCCGAUCCGUCCCCGCGCCGGCCACGAUCGCAGCUCCGCGCCACCAGGGGAAGCCGCGGAGGACCGAGCGCCCGGUACGUGCUCGCGCCUCCCGCCGCCGCGCCUUCGCUCCGGCCCGGCCGGUCCUGGGCCCUCUGCUCUCUGCUCUGAGCAACUUUCCCUCCUGUCCAGCGGCUGCUGCCUUCUUGUGGGUGUCUUGAGUUUGGCUGCUUAAGGAGGAUGUGAUUUUUUUUUUUCUUCCGUAUUUCUUUUACGUUUUAUGAUUUGAAACGGAGAAAAGAACUCACAGCCAGCUCGGACAGCCAAGCGCCGCCAGCGGCCCCCACGCGGACACCUCCGAGGGGAAGGGGAAUUGGAAGCGAAUUUGGCCCAAGUGACUCUGAGGCCUCAGCAUCCGCUGGACUCUAAGGCCCUGGGUCAUGACGCCCAUGGUGGGCAGGUGGAAGGCUGUACCUGUCCUGGGCUGGACUUGAGUGUCCGCCCUCUGCCAGGACCCCCACUGCCCCACCUCCACGCACUCAACUAGGCUAGGCCGGGUCAGCAACAUGGAUAAGUACGAUGACUUGGGCCUGGAGGCCAGUAAGUUCAUUGAGGACCUGAACAUGUACGAGGCCUCCAAAGAUGGACUCUUCCGAGUGGACAAGGGUGCAGGCAACAACCCAGAGUUUGAGGAAACACGCAGGGUGUUUGCUACCAAGAUGGCCAAAAUCCACCUGCAGCAGCAGCAGCUUCUACAGGAGGAGACCCUGCCCAGGGCGAGCCGGGGUCCCGUUAAUGGUGGGGGACGCCUGGGCCCACUGGCCCACCGGGAAGCUGGUGGGGGCAGCAAGCUGGCCACGGACGGUGCUGCCAAGCCCCCUCUCGCUGCCUCAACCGUGGCCCCUGGGACAACCGCCACCGUGGCGCCUGGGCAGCCCUCGUACCCACCCCAGGAGCAGAGGGCCAAGCUGUACGUCCGGGGUUCGAGGCAAGUCAGCCAAGACUGUGGGUCCAAGGAGAGCAUGGUGAAUUCUGAGAUGUCUGCUUUCCAUCGGCCGGGCCCCUGUGAGGAUCCCUCCUGCCUCACCCACGGAGACUAUUAUGACAACCUGUCCUUGGCAGGCCCCAAGUGGGCCGACGACCCGGGUGUGUCCCCUGGCAUCAGGCUGGGUGUAGGAAGUGGGUGGUCUGGGACCCCAGGGAGCGACCCUCUACUGUCUAAGCCCUCCAGGGAUCCUCUCCUGUACCACCAGCAGCUCUCCGCAGGCUCCGGCAGGUCUUUGCAGAGUGGCCUGGAUGGUGGGCUUGGAGGAGGCAACAGCGAGAAGCCAGUGGGGGUCUGGACCACCGCCUCCUCCCAGCGAGUGAGCCCUGGCCUCCCUUCCCCUGGCCCAGAGAAUGGCGCCCUCCCGAGGUCUGCUCAGCCCAGGACCCCUUCUUUCUCAGCGCCUCUGGCCCUGAACCGGCCCAGUCAAGAGUCUCUUCCCAGAACAAACUCGGUUGUAGGGAGUGAGGUUUCAGGCACGAUGCCCAAACCCACUGUGGACCCUCAACCCUGGUUCCAAGAUGGGCCCAAAUCUUACCUUUCUAGCUCUGCCCCUUCAUCCUCUCCAGCCAGCAUGGACCAUAUGCAGGCGGGUGCCGUCCCUGGGCUGGGUCCCAAGCCUGGCUGUACAGAUUCUGGUGUUAUUCCCAAGCUCAGCCCCAACAGCCUUGUCCAUCCAGUGAUGUCCACCCUGCCCGAGUUACCUUGUAAAGAAGGUGCCUCUGGCUGGGCCUCUGAUGGCAGCCUGGGGCCUGUGCUCCCAGAGACGCCGAGUUCCCCCAGAGUGAGGCUACCCUGCCAGACGCUCAUCCCGGGCCCUGAGCUUGGACCCACGGCCGCCGAAUUGAAGUUAGAAGCCCUCACCCAGCGUCUGGAGCGGGAGAUGGAUGCUCACCCGAAGGCCGAUUACUUUGGAGCCUGUGUGAAAUGCAGCAAGGGGGUGUUUGGGGCCGGCCAGGCCUGCCAGGCCAUGGGGAACCUCUACCACGACGCAUGCUUCACCUGUGCGGCCUGCAGCCGGAAGCUGAGAGGAAAAGCCUUCUAUUUCGUCAACGGCAAAGUGUUCUGCGAGGAAGACUUCCUGUACUCUGGUUUCCAGCAGUCCGCUGACAGGUGCUUUCUCUGUGGACAUCUGAUCAUGGACAUGAUCCUGCAGGCCCUGGGGAAGUCCUACCACCCCGGCUGCUUCCGCUGUGUCAUCUGUAAUGAGUGUUUGGACGGGGUGCCCUUCACCGUGGACUCAGAGAAUAAGAUCUACUGUGUCCGGGAUUACCACAAGGUAUUGGCCCCCAAGUGUGCAGCCUGCGGCCUUCCCAUCCUUCCUCCUGAGGGUUCAGAUGAGACCAUCCGCGUCGUGUCCAUGGACAGAGACUACCACGUGGAGUGUUACCACUGUGAGGACUGCGGCCUGGAGCUCAAUGAUGAAGACGGUCACCGAUGCUACCCCCUGGAGGACCGCCUAUUCUGCCACUCCUGCCACGUCAAGAGGCUGGAGAAGGGCCCCUCGCCCGCAGCGCUUCGCCAGCACCACUUCUAGCCAGAGCCUCCUGCAGACCUCACGGCCAGACGAGGAGCCAGGGCUGCAUCCUGAGAAGCCCGCCAGUUCAUUCCAGUCACACCCGGGGUGGGAUUGGGGCUGGGGGAGGCAGGGGAUUUCUUGAGUGUGUGCAGGGGGCGCCUUUCCUUUAACCAGGGAGGGGAUCCCUGCAGGGCUGGGGCUGUGUAUUUUCCAAGUGCCUUUCUCUGCUGCCACACCCUCAUCAGCCAACUCAGGAAGACGCCCCAGCAAGCGCGUGGCACGUGACAGAUCUCAUUAAGGCGAUUGAAUGAACCCUCCUGUCCUUCUGGGAGGAGCUCAUGCUUCAGAGGGAAAGACUUGUAUUCAGCGUAUGCUCUGAAGAGAGUUCAGCUGCCAGUGUGUUCAGCCCUUUCCCUCCACUUUGGGAAAUACCUGCACCCAAACACCCCCUCCCAAACACACACACACAGACACACCCCCCCUCCCAAACACACAGACACACAACCCCCCUCCCAAACACACACACAGACACACACCCCCUCCCAAACACACACACCACCUCCCAAACACAGACACACGCCCCCUCUCAAACACACACAGACACACACCCCCUCCCCCCACAAACACCCCCUCCCAACCACACACACACACACACACCCCUCCCCCCCAGAAACACCCCUACACACACACACACACACACACACGCACACACACACACACACCCGUAAUUUAAGACUUCCCUCCACUCCAGAGCUUCACUUCUGUAGAAUGGCUGCAAAUCUUAAUUGCAUCCUUGCAAAAGGGAAGUUCUAACAUGUGCUCUGCAUCUUAGGAGGCAUUCACUUGGUUAAAACAGAAGCAAGAUUUGAAAUGAGACGGAAUUUCCUCCUCCUACCCGGACAGCAUUCUGGUGCCCCGUAGAUCCUCAUGCCUUUAAAGGCAGCCGGGGGCCCUGGCGGAGGUCGACCCUGUUCUGUCGAAGAAGUGGGCUUUGGGGUGAGAACUCAGUGCGGGCGCCAGGCCUCUUUUGCCUGCCUGUUUGCCCUUUUUCCCUCUGGAGCUCUCGAGAGUCUGGAACUUCAGAGUUUCUCUUGCAAAGGCAGGUCUCAGGAUCUUCUGUGGGGAUCCUCUUGUGUUUUGCUUAUUUAACAUGGGCUUUGGGAGAGGGUGUCCACAUGUACUGAGACCUAGCCCCUUAAAAACGAGGAGACUUUGUGUGUGUGAGAUCUCAAAGCCAGCCUGGGAGAGAGAAUCAGCAUAAGUUAUUGUAUUCAGUUCACAGGUUUCUCUCUUGCCCAGUUCUUGGCCCAGGCAUUACAUCUGAAGAAACCAGUAUAAGGUACACUGCUUUUGUCUGUUUUUUUUUUUUUUCUUCUUUUUUAAAAAGUUGUUUCCCUCUACUUUCAGUCUCCCACACACACAAAAAAAUACCUCACAGAAGAGAGCUUCAGGUUAAGGAAGGACUUGUCCAUCACACUGGCGUAGCUGGUGUAUGUUAGGAAUCUCUGGCUUUGCCCAGGUCAGCCCAGUGGGUCAGUACACUGAAAUCGUAACUAAAGGUCGGCUGGGAAUAGAUCUGAUCGAUACUGGGUGCGAUUGCUGUAUUCAUUUCAUCCUCCUGGUUCCCCCAAGGUGGCAGGAUCUCAAGGCCAAAGUCUGCCCCGUGUGUCACACGCCCAGGGCCAGAGGUCAGUACCCUCUGGUAUUUCAGUGAGAAAAAAGAGGAAGUAAAAGGUUGGCUGGGCACUCACCCUCUCGGCCCAUGGGGAGGAGCCCUGCAGGAAGGCGGGGGCCAUCUCACCGCUGCCAGCCCGGCCGGGAACACAGAGGCCGCCGUCUGCUGUCUGCCUCCUCACACCCAGAGUCAGGGACUUGGUGGCUGGGACCUUGGAGGGUGUCCGUGGACCCCAAAGGCACAAGGGACUCACAGGCUAUUCACUGGCCCUGCUCUACUCCUAAGCUAUGUUUUGGCUCAUUUGGUGGCAGUUGCCUGUGAGCAGCACAGAAUUGGCACUGUGGCUUGUGUUUUCCAUUUCUGUUGGAUACUUUGGCCAGAUGUCACUUCAGUCCAGGCUGUGAUGUUUGCUUCCAUUGGUUCCUUUUCACAGGCCGAGCCUCUUAAAAUCCUGUGAGUAUAGAGGGGCUGGGGAAGUGAACCCUGGGCUCACCCCUCCCUUCCCAGUAUAUCAUCCAGCUCAGCCUCGGUGAGGCUGGUGGACAGAUGGAGCCAGUCAGUGUGUCUUAACCGUUCUCGGCCAACCUAGGUUGACUUCUGGCCUUGGUGACACGCCUUUCCACUUUCAAGUCAAGCAGAGCCAAGAAAACUGCCUUGGAGCCACGUCAGAAGCAGAGGAUUGGUUUGCAAAUUGGGUAACAGUUGACCUUUGAACAACACAGGUUUGAACUGCCUGUGUCCACUGAUAUGUGGCUAUUUUUCAGUAGUUAAAUACUGCAGUUGGUACUCCACAAUCUGUGGUUGGUUGAAUCCACAGUGCAGAGGGACCAUGGUUACAGAUGGCUGACUGUAAGUUAUAUGAGGAUUAACCCUAGGGCUUCUCGGAGAUCAACUAUAGUUUAAAAACCGGUGAUUGAUUUUUUAAAUGAAAUUUUUAAAGUGGCCUUGAUUGAGGCAAUUUCAGUAUCUCAGCAAAUAUUUCAUACAAAUUGAAGAACAAUGACAGAAUUUCUAGACAUUCUAGAAACCUGAGCAGCAGCUUCUCUUAUUAUCAGGUUCUCCUGGAGAGGGUACUGGGUAGGAAUCUUGUGCCAGUUCUGUCCCCUCCUCAGGCCCUUGCACAAAAGCCAUGAAUAGAUGCACAGUUACCAGGCAGUUUAAACUUUCUAUAAAUUACUAACCAAAUCAAGCGGUAACGGGUGGUUAUUUAGAGGUGUGUAGAAAGAACAUGGGCUUUCCCGGUGGCACUCGUGGAGCAGCAUCCGCCUGCCAAAUGCAGGAGCCACAGGAGGACCCGGGUUCCAUCCCUGGGUCGGCAAGAUCCCCUGGAGGAGGACAUGGCAACCCACUCCAGCAUUCUUACCUGGAGAAUCCCAUGGACAGAGGAGCCUGGCGGGCGACAGUCUGUAGUAUUGCAGUGAGUUGGACACAACUGAAGCAACUUAGCGUGCACACACACAGAACACACAAGCACUUCCUAGACCAGGAUGAAUGAGUUUGUUUUAAAAGGUCGAGCAAACAGCCUUAUUUUACGCUUGGACUUUAGAUAAAACAAGAAUUAUGGCUGAUUCCAGACCCCAGAGCCAGCCUCCAACCUUCUCCCUUGCUUCACUUUCCCCCUUAGUUUUUUUCUUGUCAAUUUUUCCACCCCAGCUAGGGUCCUUCAAAGACUGCCUGGGUGCCCUGAGCAAAGCCAGCUGGGCCUGUAGUAUCAGGAUUCUCUCUGCUGUUAUCUUCCCAUCCAUGGCUGAGUAGAAAGCGAUUUGUUCGUUUUUUAUAAGGAAGGGCAUUGAGUCCUGUUGGGUCAUUGUCUGCAUGUGGCGGCAGGACUCUGUUUCUCCAUGGUUAUAGCGCUCGAGUGAAAACCGCUUUCAGCCCGAGUCCACUGAAGUUGUUCUCCUGAGUCCUGGGCAGCCAGUGAUGUCAUCAAAGAGUUCCGAUCGCUUUCAGGUCCUGCCAUUGGCUUGGUUCCCUGGGCUCGAGUCCCCCACGAUGAAAAAGAAUAAUGUUAGAAUUUGAGAGAAUGAUCUGGAAUUCACACUUCUUUGCAGGCCAUGUUUGUGUGCCGUUUUCCUACAAGUGUGGGAGUUUAUGAGGGCUAUGAUGGCUGCUGGUGCUCUUGCAAAGAAUGUGUGCGAGACUUGACCCCAAACUGUUGCUGUCUGCUGCACCUAUUCAAACUGUCGGCCAGGAAACCACAUGCUUUGUCUUCUCCUUUGUGCCAGGAAUGAGUCCUGAUUUCCCAGUUACUAUCUGAAGUACUAACAGCUUUUAAAAGCUAUAGGAAAAAGAUGAGGAAGAUGUGUCAGCUAUCAUUUGCUCUGAGCCAGAACUGGACAGAUGUGGGAUAUUUUCAUCGGGCGGAUGAAGAGUUCACUUGGCAGAGAAAUCACUGUCCCCUCCCUGUGUCUCUUCUUUUACUUUGAUUCAAAAUAUUGUUACUGUAAAAUUAUCCAUAAUUUUAGUGUUACUAUAAAAUUAUUCAGAUUACUAUAAAAUUAUUCAAGAUUAUGAUAAAAUUAUUCAAAGUGUUUACUGUUACUGUAAAACUUCAAAAUCUCAUGAUAAAACUGCCUUAAUUUGUAGACUAUUAAAGUGAUCUCCACCAUAAUGAUGUUUCUUGAA